AUGGUUUUGAGCGGCGAGGCGGCGGCGGGGGGCCCCCGGGGGCCCCCAGGGGGCCCCCGUGACUCCAGCGAGCUGCCCGAGGUGGAAGUUGGAAAAGAAAAGAAAAUAAAAAUAAAUGAUUUAAUAAUUCUGAUGCAAAAGGCCUGUGCUGCAGUGCUUGAGGUGUACAGACAGCCGGAGGCGUUGUGGGGUGUCGCGCACAAGGACAAAAUGGAGCCGCUCACCAAGGCGGACUUGAUAUCCAAUCAGAUUCUCACUUCCGGCCUCCGCCGGCUCUGCCCUGGCUGCGUCUUGGUCUCUGAAGAGGGGGCCCCCCCGGAGGGUACGGGGGGCCCCCCUGAGGGUUUGGGGGCCCCCCUGGAGGGUUCAGGGGGCCCCCCUGGGGCUUCAGGGGCCCCCCCUGAGAGUCCAGGGGCCCCCCCCGAGGGUUCGGAGGCCCCCGCAGGGGGCCCUGGGGGCCCCCCCGAGGCUUCAGGGGCCCCCCCCGGGGGCCCCCAGGGGGGCCCCCCCGGGGGCCCCCCCGGGGGGCCCCCCGAAGGGCGUUUGGGGGCGGAGUAUGUGUGGCUAAUAGACCCUUUGGAUGGGACAAAAGAGUUCUUGAAAAGAAAUGGACAGUUUUCAAUUAAUUUGGGUUUGAGCUUUCGGGGGGCCCCCGUGUUGGGGCUGGUGGGGGCCCCCGUGGAGGGUACUGUCAGUUUUGGCUGGGGAGAUUUGAACUUGAAAGUGACAGCUUCUUCUUCCCACAGUUCUCGAGAGACGCAGCAGUUCCUCGCCAGGCUGCAGCAGCCGCAGCUGCAGCAGGCCGGGUCGGCUUUGAAGUUCAUGGCGGUGGCCUGCGGCGCAGCAGCUCUUUACCCCCGCUUUGCCCCCUGCAGCGAGUGGGACAGCUGCGCAGCGCAUGCAAUUUUAGCUGCCAGCGGCGGCGAAGUUUGCUGCUGGGAAGACGCAGCAAAGGGGGGCCCCCGGGGGCCCCUCAGGUACAACAAAAGGAGUUUGCUGAACCCUUUUUUCGUGGCCCGCGGCCGCCUCCGCCCCGGGGAGGCCCCCGCGCCUCCCCCGCUGCAGCUGCAGCAAGCUGCAGCAGCAAGCUGCAGCAGCAGCAGCAGCAGCAAACUCCACACUGCACAGCAGCAGCAGCAGCAGCUCUCCAGUCCCCAAAAUAACUGA